CUUCCUUGCACACAUCAUGGAUAGUUUUCUAAAGAGCCAACUAGUCCUGGCAAUUGGAGCACUAGUGCUAUUCUCAAUAGACCAUGGAGGUGUUGGGGUAUUUAGAGGGUGUGAAGCAACAAUCAAAGGGGUUGAUCAUGUGGUUGGUGGUGAUCCAGGGUGGGAGGCUAACACAGAUGUUGCUACUUGGGCUGUGAACAAGAUCUUUACGGUUGGAGAUAGCAUAUGGUUUGCAUACUCUGCGGCAGAGGAGAGGAUCGUUGAGGUAGAAAGCAAGGAGGAGUUCGAGUCAUGCAAGGUCGGCAACCCCAUCAGGAUGUACACAGAGGGACUCAGUAGGGUGAGCCUUGAGAAUGAAGGAUCAAGAUACUUCAUCAGCAGCAGUUCGGAGAGUUGCAAGAAUGGUCUCAAACUGCAUGUGAAUGUACAACCACAAAGCAAAGCAGUGAGAGAGAUUAAGGGAGAUGAUGCAGUAAAUAGAGGCGUAGCAGCUGAAGGGCCAAAACCCUCUUCUUGUUCUCACUUCCACCAGGGGUCUUCACUGAAGUGGUUUGCGAUGGCUUUUAUCUGUUUCAUCAUUAGUCUCAGAGGCCUUUGAUCUGUUUCCCUUUCUUUUUGUGACUGUUGUGGAAGUUGGUCUUGGUUUUUACUUUUAAUUUAACUCUUAAAUUGUCUCCUCAUUUAAACUUCAUGUUUCCCUGAAUUUUCAGUAGACUAGAUGGAACGCAGAGAUCUUGGUAAUUACUUGUUACGGUUGUCACUCUGCUAAGCCUCAUAACCUGAUCCAAAAUAAGAAUGAGAAUAUUGUUGGGUUAAAUGCUAAAAGUCAGGUUGCAUAGAACAUCAGAUUAAGACCA